AUGGAUAGAGCCAAGACGCGCAAGUCUCACAAAAAGUCUCGAAAUGGCUGCUUGCCUUGCAAAGGUCGCCAUGUAAAGUGUGAUGAGCAGAAGCCGAAUUGCACAAAUUGCGUCAAGCAAGGCACUGCGUACGAGUAUCGCCCUCCGGCAAGUAGCGAGGCUUCGCAUACAUCGCCUUUGCCUGGGCAACAGUUACUACCAAGGCUUGGAGCUGCUGCGAACACAGCUUCAGCUGGAACUGGUCUGGCAUUAAAUAUACCGCAACUGCGCUUGCUCCACCACUACAUGACUGCCACUGCCAAAACUCUUGCAGCCCAUACUGAUGCCGAAGAUGUGUUCAAAACUACCUUGGUAGAGAUUGCAUUCGAACACCCCUAUCUUCUUCAAGCCACGCUUUCCCUCAGUGCACUGCACAUGAGCCGGCUUGUGCGCCCAGAAGAAGCCCAGGAGUACUUGAUCCAAGCCCAAGAGUACCGCGAAGCAGCUCUCGAUGACUUCCACAACACAGUGCGUAACAUCGAUGAGUCCAACUUCAAAGCAGUAAUGCUUUUUACUGGCACCUUGUUUCCACAUGCAUGUAUUACUUCGAUCGCUGCUAGCAAUGACCUGGAUUACGCUUUUGAGAGCGUCAUCUCGAAUCUCGUCGUGACCCGGGGGGUUCGGCCGAUGAUAAUGGGCUUUUACGCGCAGAUGAAAACGAUGUCAAAAACAUUGAGUUUCAUCAAAAAGAGCCACGGCCCGAUACAGAGCUUAUUCAGCUCCACAAAUUCGCAGACGUCAUCCAUCACCUAUACCCCCCCCGAUAUCGUCGACGCGUACAAACAUGCCUGCCAUCUUCUUGAGGUGAUCUUCCAAGUUGCAGCAGAGUCGUCCAAGUCGCCUUCGGAUGCGCUGUUAAAGACAUGGAUACACCUCGUAUCCGAGCGCUACAUUGAGCUCCUUUCACAGAAACAGCCAGGAGCGCUCAUCAUAUUUGCCCAUUUCGCUGUCUUGGUAAACAGAGCGUCAAAACACUACUGGUACAUUGAAGGGCUUGCAGAGCAAAUUAUCCGCGUUGCAGAACACAUGGUUCCUAGCGAGUGGGGGUCUUGGUUACAAUGGCCCAGAGAGCAGAUAUUGGGCAUUCCUGGUCAUCCAAUGCCAUCUCCGGGUUACACGACUUGA